AUGAAAACGCUGCCUCCAAGGAAACUACAUGAGUUAACUCUACAUGGAUGCCUACCUGUACCUCAGUAUUGGAAAAAGGACUUCAAAUCCACUGGAGCCACAUUUGACUGCGUUAGCAUAAUAGGAGGGAGGACAGACGCAAGGGGUUCACUUCACCGUCCAUGCAGGCCCAAAUUCUUGGAGCUGAGACGAUUGAUUUGCAAAGACCCAAAAGGAACGAUCCUCUUGGCUCUGGACACUGACCGACAGAAAUCCCAGCAAAAAGUACAUAACAAAGGUUCUCCCCAAGCGUUGUCACACUUUCCAAAAGACCACGAAAUGGCCUAG